AGCUUCUUGAAUAUGGCAAACUUUAGUUGUUAUCCCUAAUCAUGUUAUGCAAAGACCAAAUACAAAGACACUUUCUUUGGGUAUUACUAUUACUAUUACUAUUACUAUGGAAAAUAAAAAGCAAAAAUGUCACUUUAUUAGUUGGCAAAAGGUGAUUAAGAGGAAGAAGGAAGGGCGCUUCGUUUGUAACUCACUAGCCCUGAGUUUCUUGAAUUGAAAUUGAGACAGAAAGGGCACAGUACAAAACAUAAGAACAGAGAAAUGAAGGAAACCCUAAAUUUAUCAAAAUCAACAACAACUUCUUCCGGAGCAGAGAUGAUAAUGCUGUCAAAAGAUGUGAUGAUGGACAUCUUCUCAAGGCUACGCGCAAAGACAUUGUGCAGGUUAAGAUGCGUUUGCAAACAAUGGAGAAGCUUAAUCUCUGACCCGUUUUUCAAAUCCCUUCACAGAGCAGGCUCAUCUCUUAAACCCAGUUUGCUUUUUCUCGAACAAAAAUGCUGCAGUACCUCUACUACUAGAGUAAGUAUGUCAUCAUUUGAUCUUGAUGGGAAUCAUAAUUUUGACUUUACAUUCACUUUGGAUAGUUAUGUCUAUUUCAUGCCUUCUAAAUGGGAGUUGAUUUGCUUUCUUGGUUCCAAAGGCAAAGGGUUUUAUGUAUGUAACCCAAGUACUCAAGAAUUGGUUAACUUACCUAAUACUCCUACUAGUUCUCGUGCUACUUUGGACGGUAUUGCGUUUGGAUAUAUAAAGGAGAAGAAUGAGUAUGUAUUGGUUAAUUCUCGUUUUUUUAAAAAUGAUACUGUGUGUGAAGUCAUGAGGUGGACUGAUGGUUGUUGUUUGAAAAAUCUUUCUUGGAAGGUUGUUGAUGCAAAAUGCCCAUAUAUGCUAAGGUGGUGUGGCGUUCUGGUUGAAAAUAGUUUUUAUUGGAUUCGGCACAGGAACAAGUAUGAUAGCAUUGAAGUAAUCAUUUCAUUUGAUUUGGAAAAAGAGGACUUUGGUACAGUGAUACCACCAAAGGAUACCUUUGAUGAUGGCGGACUUUGGUCUUUGGCGGAAUUGAUGGGGAUGUUGUGGUUGUUUGGCUCACCUGAAGAUAUAUCUACCAUGGAUAUUUGGGUGUUGAAGGAUUCCAAGAAUUAUAUGUGGGCUAAGGAGUACACUAUUGACCUAGCCGGGUUUAACUUUGGUGUGAGGUUUAUCAGUAUUCUAGAUCACAAGGAAGGGAAAAUUCUAAUGGAUGUCGAUUCUGAGAUUCUUGAGUGGUAUGAUGUGGACAACAAGUGCUUCGAGAGAGUAGACAAUCUAAGGUCAGUACCAUGGAGCUGGUCUGUACUUAACACUGAUGGCUUAUUUUCCUUGGGAAAUCAAUAUCCAGUGGAGCCGUGCAUGGGAAUGGAUGCAAGUCAGAUUGGGGACGGGGAAGGCUAGUGUUAUCGACUAACUGUUGGAAAAUCUCUCUUUAUCACCCAAAAUUUUGCUUCCAAUUAAUUGAUAUGCGUAUAUGUGUUGAGCCACUGAAGUUGAUUUGAGCGCAUCAUUGUCUUGACUCUUGAGAAAGCAAUAUAGGUGGAAAAGACAUGAGAAUCUGGAUUUUGUUUGAUAUGCAUGAUUGUUAGUCUUCUUUUUGAUGGUGCUAAGAGGCAGCUACAAGAUGCUUGGUUUGAUAAAAUUCUUAAUGGUUUUGCGGUAAACACACGCUUUUACAGGCUAUCGUUUCCAUAUCUUAAUAGAUAAACUUUUCCAUA